AUGCUUUUGUGUGGGGUUGGUGACAAUGAUGAUGGUGGUGGUGUCAGCAACGACGAUAUUAGAGAUCCUAGUAGUGGUUGCGGUGGCAAUGAUAGUAAAAGUGGUAGUGGUGGUGUUGGCGGUAGCGAUGACGAUAGUGGUGGUGGUGACAUUGUUGGUGGGGACGACCCAAUGGUGGUGGUGGUGGUGAUGAUAGAGGUGGUAGUAGCAAUGGUAGUGGUGGUGUUAAUGGCGUUGGCAAUGUUGGUGACAUUGGUGGCGGUGGUAGUAGUAAUAAUGUCGGUGGUGGCAAUGAUGGUGGUGGUAGCGGUGGUGGCGGUGACAAGUGAUAUUGGUGGUGGUGGGAAUAACGGUGGUAUUGGUGGUGGUGGCGGUGAUGAUGGUGAUGGUAAUGAUGGUGGGGCCAACUAA